GUCGUUUGCCGCCGCCGCCGCCGCUGCAAAAAGUCCCGAGCACGCGUAAUGCGCAGUUUAUAUAGCUAUUCGGCCUGUCCGACACAGCCUGCCGCCUGACUUCGUUCUUGGCUCAGUUGGCUCGGUUGGCUCGUGCCGUUGCACUCGCUCCGAGCAGAGCAGAGCUCAGUACCAUUGACUCGCGAGCAGCUAUAGCUGUCUCGAAAUUAGCGCGCCAAUUCGCAGCUCGUCUGUAUAGUUACCGAUACGCGACGAGCGUGCAACAGCAGCAGAAAAAAAAGCUCCUCACCCAGUGUCGUCCGCAGCGCUCGUUGUUGUUGGCCUUCGACGCGAUCCAUGACGAUUUUUUCUCUUCUCCUCGCCUGCAGCACACCACCAAUCAGCGAGCACCAGCAGUGGCUGCCGGAGCGAUCGAGAGGUUAUACGCUGCUUUCUUUGUUUACGUGCUCGCGGCUGACUUAUUUUACGGAACGAGCAUGCACCACCUCGUCCUCCUCGCUUGAACUAUGGCCAUCGAGAAGAGCCAAGAGCUCACCGAGGACCUCCAGCGGGACAGCGGCUCCGAGGCCAUUUUCACCGAGUCACUCGCCAGUACCCGCGAGCAUCCGGAUUACGAUCGAUACCAGCCCAAAAGCAACAAGUCCAUCCUGUUUCUCAGAGAACACACCUACCUGCGGAGAGAACCGGCCCAGCUGACCUGUCCCAACUGUCUCAGAGGAGUCGAAACGAUCGUCGAGCGACACAACAACAGCACUACGCAUCUGUCGGCCUUGCUAUUGCUGCCCGUCUGUCUCUGCGUCCUUCCCUACUGCUCCAAGGUGCUGCGUGACGCCAUACACCGAUGCCCCUCGUGCGGCAUACACCUCGGCGGCAAGUUCUCCUCGGCUCGGGAGGCCUUCGUCAUCUGCCUGCAACAGCCUGAAGACAACAUCGACCGACCGGAGGCUCGUUUCUUUUGACCUUUGCCUCCUCGGCAAAGCUUAUGCGUCUCUCCCUAUCAAUAUACCAUUGACUGUGAUCCAAUAUUCCGUCGAUUUUAUUCUUACAACUUUUUUACCGUCUUUAUUCUCUUUUAAUUCAUUUAUCUCCUUUUAUUACUCGACAUUGCUGGUCAAUGAGCCUCGGCUGUAUUUUUUUAUCAACGACACGCCCAAAUGAAUGUUUUCAAACCACGCUUUUUUCUGACUCCUACAUAUUUUACUAAAAAGCUACAAAGACUUAAAGAAAAAAAACAACAUGACGAUAUCCACGUAGCUUUUUAAAGAAAUAUUUACAACUUAUAAAUAGUGUUUGAAAACAAUCAUUUCAGCCUGGCUUAGGGAUAUAUUUAAUUAAAUUUAAUUAUAUUCGUUGUGAGUUUUUGUUUGUGAGUUGAGAAGUUUUCACUGUAGUGGAAAAUCCUGACACUAGCGUACAUUUCAAAACAUUUGCAAUUUUUUGUACAAACCGACAAAUGUUGAAUCAUUUGCACAAUAUUUGAUAGUAAGGCUGAGUGACGUUUUUGGUUCAUGUGGUGUUUUGUUCAUAUUCUAACGUUUACUUAUUAUAUUGUGCAAAGACAAUAAGAGACAAUGAAUAUAAAAAUCGAUGUAAGGAAUAACGUUUACUCAUAAGCAAAUACGAACAAUAUGAAAUCGAGAUGCACAAUGAGAUUUAUUUAUAAAUAUGUAUAAAGUAGCAAUGUUCAAAUGCACUUAAUUCAUUCGUUGGCUCGGUCAGAACACACCUGGUGCAUUUUUGGAUUUUGCCAUCACUUGUUAUGUAAUGUGAACGCAAAAAAUUCUGACAGAGUUCAAUAUCAUUAAUAUUUUCAGUACAAUAAUUUUUUUUAACUUAAGAAAUUAAAAAGCUGUGACGAUUAAGUGCGCUGUCAGCAAUUAGAAACGUGCAUUUCGUGCCACGCUAUCGUAAAAUAUUUACACGACAAUGUAAUGCCGUACAUUUCUUCAUUCAUAACAUUAAAUGCUAAGAUUUAAAGAAUAAACAACUCAAUUAAUAAAGUGCCUUCCUCAUCAGUUAUGGAUGAAUUUAAUUGCUUUUUUAGUACGCAAAAGAUGCACAAGUACUUUUUGGCGACUAACAUUAUUUUGUAAUAACUCUCAUAGCAUCAGCUACAGUAAGGAUUGCAAUAAAAAAUGUUAUUAUUCAAUGUUAAAAGAUGCUUUUUUCGAUUAAUUUUAAUUUGCUA